CUACACUCGGCCCUAAUCUAACCUAACGACUCACGUCUAGUCCACAUAUUCUAUUCUCCCUCUUCACAGUUGCGCAGUGCCUAUAUAUAUUUUAUGCUCGUCGUUCAUGGUUCACACUACUUCACAGUGCUCACUGCUCACUCGAGAUUGAAACCUUCUCUGCUCCUCUUCCUUAUUGUCAUUCAAUUUAAAUAUCUUUUCGAUUCAACCAUGCGUUUGGGUACAGUCGUUCCGGACUUCUCUGCUGUCACUACCAAAGGUCCGAUCAAUUUCUACGAAUGGGUCGGUGAAUCAUGGUGCGUUUUAUUUUCUCAUCCUUCUGAUUUCACACCGGUCUGCACCACUGAGUUAGGUAAAAUGGCCGUGCUGGUAGACGAAUUCACAAAACGCAGUGUCAAAGUCUUGGGUUUGUCUUGUGAUAAGUUGGAAAGCCACGUCGAUUGGAUAAAUGACAUUAAAUCAUAUUGUCUGGACAUCAAGGGAGAAUUCCCAUAUCCCAUUAUUAGUGACAGCACUCGAGACUUGGCUGUACAACUAGAUAUGAUCUCUGAGGAAGACAAGGACAAUGUUGAGUUGGCAUUAACCAUUCGAUCUCUUUACAUUAUUGGACCCGACAAGAAGGUUAAAUUGAUGAUGGUUUAUCCAACCAGUACUGGCCGUAAUAUUCAAGAAAUUUUACGUUGCAUUGAUUCACUUCAGUUGUGCGAUAGAAAAAAUACCAUUGCUACACCCGCAAAUUGGGUGCCUGGUGAAAAAGUUAUGAUCCUGCCAACAGUAAAAGAUGAAGACCUCGAUGCACUCUUUCCAAAUGGUUAUGAAAAACGCUCAAUGCCUUCUUCAGUUGAUUACUUGAGAACAACUACCGAUUAUUAAAAUACGUCAUUGUGUGAGUCUAUUACACACAUUUAUUUAAAAGAGAUUUAUUUUUUUAAAUAAAUUAUAAUUUGUUAAAACUUUAGUUUAUCAUAUUAACUGAUUAUACAGUUAUAUUAUUUAUUAAUAAUUAUACAUACCACAUCAAUAAUUUUUACAAACACAGUUUUAUUUAUUUUUGUAUAUUGUGUACAUCAUAUUUAUAAUAUUAUAUUAUCAUUAAGACUAAAAUAAAAUGCCAAUAUUAGACAAAUAUCUCAAAUUGUUUUACCUCUACUACUUCUUAAUACCCUCUUCACUGUAACAAACCCAAUAAUUGAUAAUAUUAAUAAAAAAGUAAUGUAUAUA